AUGAAUAUUUUUUCUGAGAGAUCAUCCUCAAGGUAUACUUAAAGAUAGUUUGUUUCUGAAUGUUAAACCCCAUCAAAAGAUUCAUAUGGAUACAUUUCAGUUUCUAAAGAAUUAAAUAUACCCCUAAUAUCAGUUGGAAAGCAAUCAACAUCAUGCUAACGAAAGUAAAUGAAAUUAUUUGAUUCCCCUUACCUCAAUGAUAACACCAAUUCCACGUUAAGUAGUCACAAUUCAAAAAAUGAGGUGGAUAUUCUUUCAAAAUUAAUGAAUUGGGAAAAAAUGUAAGGAAAUCCUAAGUUUAUACCAUUGAAACGACAGCACAAUUUACUACCAAGGCCAGAACAUUAAAAAAAUCAAAACCUAAUGUUCCAGGAUAACAAUUAGAAGGAACAUGCAAAAUAUUUAAAUUAACAAACAGUUUAACAACAAGCACCUAAAUCCUAUUUACUACAUAAACCUCUUCAACUGGAUGUAGAGAUGAAGGAGUCGGAAUAUAAUUAAAUGGAGAGUUUGGGUCCGCACAAUACCAUACAGAAUUAACAUGAAUUAAAUCAAUACAUUAUCUCUGUAGCGAAAACAAAUAAUAGAAUUCUACCAAGUAUAUAUUCUUAAAUAAAGUUAGAGCUUUAAUUACCUGAAAAGAAUGAAAAACCUAUUCUAAAGCAAAAUUUCCAUCGAUAGAAAAGAUUUUAUAGUGUUAUAGAUAAUUUACAAGCCCUAAAAUUUGGUGAUUAAGAUGAUUCCGUCAUUGAUGAUAAUGAAUAAUAAUAAUUUCGUAAGAGGAAGUCUUAAUUUAAAAAGUACUAGCUCAGAAAACGAAUUAUUGUAGUCUUGGCAGUUAUAAGAAUUUCGGGAUAGUAUAGGUAAAUAUAAAUUAUAUCAUUAGAUAAAUAUUAAAAGAAAGAGCAUAAUAUUCUACAGGUUUGGAUCAAUAAAAGAGUGUAUUUCAAAAGUAUAUAGAUUAAUUCAGGACUAAAAACUUAUAAUAUCAUUAGAAGGAUUUUGCAGAAGGGAUAUUUAAAAAGUUAAAUUCAAGCAUACUGGAGAAAAAAUACAUUAAAGAAUGCCAAGAAAUUUCAAUGUUGCAAGAGUCUGUUUAGAAAGAUAUAAAAAAGCAAAGGUUUUGCUAAUUAGUUCUUUUGCUUUUGUAAUCUUUAGAAAUAGCAACAAAGUAGAAUGUGUUACCACCAGUAAUAGUACAUCUAUUGAAUUUGAACUUCUUCAAAUCUAGCACUUCUUAAUCUUGUUUAUUUGUUUCAAAAAGAGCUUGUUAUUAUACAACAUUCGUUUGCAAAAUCACUAGAUAAUAAUAGUUAAUAAUAGCUACAGAGUAUUUGAUGUUCCAAUCAAUAAUUCCUAAUAUUUUCUCAAUUUUUAAAGAUAUGAAGAUUAAGGAUAUAGAACAUAAUAAUUAAACUUUAAGCUACCUGUCAGCUCUGGCUCAAAUGGUUCAAAUACUAUUCGUAGAUUAUUUUAAAGAUCUGCAGUUGGUAAAAAAUAGAAAUGUGAAUCCUAUCUAAAGAAUUUUGAAGUUAAAUAUUGAUGAGAAUACAGGCUUUGGAGAAUCUGAAAUCAUUAUUAGUUAAAAAAUUAAUACAGAUGAAAGCGUUAUUAUCGAGAAUGGUUUCGAUAAAUCUAGUAUUUUAGAAUUGCAAGAUUCCAAACCCUAUUGGGAUCAAAAGAUAAAAUCUAGAUUUGCUAAAAUAGUCUCUAAUAUUGAGAAACAUAUACUGAUUUAAAAUAAUUGA